UAACUAAUGCUAACUAGCCACUAGCUAACCUAACAGUUGAGCGUUAACUAGUGAGCCGUGUAAUGUCAACACAGACAGAAAUGUGUAGCGUGUUUGAGCUGGUUAAUGUCAUAUAAAAUCGAUAUAGUUGGCACACAUCUGCACAAAUGGGCAGGCUUGCGUAACGUCAAUGAGAUUUAAUGAAGAUGGUGGUAAUCAAACACAACCACAGAUUUCAGUGAUAUUUAUGGAGAAUCAUCGGCUCCUCUCCAUCCACAAUAUGGGAUAGGGUUAUGUGAUCAUCUGCAGCCAACACACAAUGGAUAACGAGGAGAGCAAGACGUGCCAAGGAGAGAAGCAAGCCUCCGCUGUGGACGACACUCUGGAUGAAUAUUUAAUCGCCCUCCAGCACAAAAACAGGAUCCUAAAGCGCCUUAAAGUCAAAGAACCCAGGGAGAUUGAGUUGGAGCAGCUUGAGCAAGGUUUCUCCAUUUAUCUUAACGGAGCCAAUGCUGAAGCCAAUAAGAAGCAGCACAAGUGCUCCAACCACAAGUCUGUCACCUCCACACCUGCUCGGAGGUCUGCACGCACAGCAGAUGUCUGUCGAAGCGCCCACCAGUUAACUGAAGACGGCGGUAAUCUGGAGCAGACCCGCGGGAAGAGGAGCCACACCGCCCCAGGAAAGGUCCAGAGGAAACAAUGGGUCAAGGAUUCUGUCAGAAUUCGAACAGAAGAAGGAACAUUUUUGACGAUCUGGCCAGAAAAGCGCUACUCCGAGGAUUUUGAGCCCUAUGAAAGUGUAGACAUGGAGAGCUCCAGCUCGCGGUCGCCUCGCUCCCCAAGGGACGCCUGCAAGGUGUCGCGCUCCUUCAGCUCCAGGCACGAGAGCCAAGGAGGCCAAGCAAAUCAGGAACACAAUGAGAAAGUGCUUCUCAACCUCGAGGAAGUGAAGGCUCUGCGCCGGAGCCUGGAGGUUAGCAUGCGGCGGAGCAGCCGCGGCUCGGCGGGGGAGGAGUCGGACGAGGAGUGGGUCGAGGAGCAGAUCGAGAGGGAGGAGAGCAACGAGAGUCUGGACGAACUGGGGCUGCCCCUCUCGUCCUCCAAGUCCUCCUCCAACCCUCGGCCCAGCGGCGCCCAUAGCCGUUUCGACUCGGCGAACCUCAUCGUCCUGGACUUUGGACCCUCAACUAAAGGUCGUAAGAUUGAACGCUCUCUGUCUGCAAAAAGGAAAGAAAACACUGACGCCUUUAUACCCACUAAGCCUAUGUUGGUGAAAAGCAAAACAUUAGAUGGGCCACCUUCCAAAGAGAGCUGGGAUGGUCAGAGGCCAAGGAGUCGGGUGGAGAGGCCCCUGUCAGCAGCCAGGAAGGCUUCUGUUGAGGAGCGAGACUCGGAGGAGAUGGCAUGCAGGGUGCGCCAGGCCAUUCAGAGAGAAAACGACCCCCUGCAGAGUCCUGAGCUCUUUAGCCGCAACACGGGCAGGGGACACCAGAUGAUGAAUGGCUUAGCGCACCACAACAGCCACGACAAAGAUGAGAACAGUGUCACUGUGGCCAUGCAGAGAAUCACGCUUAUGGGCCCCGGGCAACAACAGAAACUGCUGAAAGCCUUGGAGAACCUUGAAGCAGGACCCAGCUAUAACAUCCCCCAGAGUGUCAAAACAGACUACAGCAAGCAGCCGCAAAGGCUGUCCUCGGCAGAGGUCACCCCGGCAUUGUAUGUUACCAUGGAGAUCCUGUCAAACUGGGGGAGCGCUUCACAGGUUGGGUUGACUGAGUUGCAGUUCUUCUGUCUCAGAAACAAGAAGCUGUUUGUGUCUCCUCACAACCUAGACAUCAGGAACGUUGACCACCCCGGGAAUCUGGGGGCACUUGUCAACGGAAAGGUGGAGACCACCAAAGAGCGUCACAUGUGGACGUGUCCGUUCCACGGCCCCAUCCAGCUCUACUUCAUCAUCAGGAACACGGAGCGCUCCCCAAACUUCGGAUUAUCUUGCAUCAAAAUCUGGAACUACAACAGAAGCCUCAAUGAUCUUGACAUUGGUGCACGGCAGGUAAAGCUGUACCUCAACAGCACAUUGGUGUUUGAAGGUGAGCUGGAUAAGGGCUGCUGCACCACAGUGGACCUCCAGGACUUCCAGGUUCCAGACUCCGUGUUUUCCAGCCCUGUGUCUUCAGGACACAAUCUAGGGGGGGCCAGCCCCCAGCGCCAUGAGGACAGGACGGACGGGGAGGGCAGCAGCACCCAGCACCACCACCACUUUUGGAAUCCGCAGCCAUCAGACGCAGGCCAGGCUAUGAUAGACAUGCAGGAGAAACCACAUACACUGCUACCACCCAUCACUCCUUCACCAGUGGGGGUUUCAUCUAUCGCUCGUCACUCCUCCACAGAAAGAAACUCUUUUGACCUGUCUGCCUCGGAGGAGCCCCUCUCUCUCAGGCAGCAGGUGGAGCAGCCUGCACCCAUGGAGCAGACGGUCACCACCCAGCCGUCUUCCUCGCGGGUGGCCCCCCAGUGGCUGCAGCCCCUGAACAGAGGAGCUCCGGAGGGCUGCGAGGCCAGCAGGGAGAGGCCCCGAUGGCUGGUGCCUCAGCACUCUGCAGAGCCCAAAUCUCCGUCAGCCUCAUCCUCCUCAAUUCUCCCGGAGCUGCCGUGUAACCCGGGCCGAGUGUGUAGGGGGGUGGAGAGGACAGCGAACGGGGGUCAGUGGAAGGCCGACUCUUUGGACCUGAGCAGGGACCUGCUGGAGGAGCUCGCGGAGCAAAAGUCUGACAGGCCCAUCAGCGGACGCAGGAGCUCAUUUCGAAACACUGCAUCCAGGCAGACAGAGGAGCAGCACCUCAGAGCUACUGCACUGUCAAACACAGAGGAGCCGAUGUCGUUGGUGAGCGCUAGCAGGAGGCAGUGCACUUCUCUGGCCCAGCUGCACAGCCAACAGGAUAACACCCUCAUGGAGUCCUGGGACUCUCUCACUAAGUUCAACCAAUGCCAGCGUGGACGAAUCUCCAACAUGGGCUUCGAAGGUGACAUCUUUGAUGAGUUCCUCCAGCGCCAGGGCCGUGGUCCACCCACAGUCCCGGUCAACCCCUCCACAGCACCCAGGAGCCCCCAUUCCUCCUUCACCGCUCAGGGCCCACAGUGCGAAGGCCCUGAUGACGAUCCUUCCAUGGAGCGGGAGGACGAGUUUGAGAUCCCCGUGCUGCCGCAGGGCCAACGGCUGGUCAUCGACAUCCUGUCCACCUGGGGCGAUCGCCACUACGUGGGCCUCAACGGCCUCGAGGUGUUCAGUUCCAGUGGAGAGCCCCUACGACCUGCUCAAAUCCAAGCCGACCCUCCAGACAUCAACAUUCUCCCUGUGUACGGCAAAGAUCCACGCGUAGUCACUAACUUGAUCGAUGGCGUCAAUCGUACCCAGGAUGACAUGCACCUUUGGCUCGCGCCGUUCACCCCUGGUCGUAGUCACACCAUCUUCCUGGACUUCGGAGCGCCCUGCCAUGUAGCCAUGAUCCGUGUGUGGAACUACAACAAGUCACGCAUUCACUCCUUCCGAGGGGUGAAGGAGGUGGAGAUGCUGCUGGAUGGAAGGUGCAUCUUCAGGGGCGAGAUCGCCAAAGCCUCUGGGACUCUGUCUGGAGAAUUGGACCAAUUUGGUGACACUAUCCUGUUCACCACCGAUGAUGAGAUCCUGGAGGCUAUGUCUCAUUACGAUGAAACCUUCCUCAGCGAAGGUGAGGGACCCGAGGGCCUCGUUGCCGAGGAGGAGCUGCAGAGACCACGCACCGCUGAUGGAGAGGGAGAGGAAAGACCCUUCACACAGGCCGGCUUCCGAGAGGAAGACCUCAAAUUGAAACUCCACCUCAACCCCACCGUGAGCCAGACUGAGGAGAACAUGGAGCAUAUUCCUGGGAUGUACACCGGAAAGUGCCUUAGACUAGAGCUGGUGUUGACUUGGGGGGACUCCCACUACAUGGGCCUGACAGGAUUGGAGGUGGUGGGGAAGGAUGGAGAGAGUUUACCUUUAGACCUCAGCAUGAUGGCUGCCUCACCCAGAGACCUCAACGACCUGCCUGAUUAUGAAGACGACUUUCGCACGCCGGAUAAGCUUAUAGAUGGCCACAACAUUACCACUGAUGACCAGCACAUGUGGCUGAUCCCUUUCUCCUAUGGAGAGCCGCACACCCUGAACAUGACGUUCAACAAGACCCAGACCGUCGCUGGACUCCGUAUCUGGAACUACAACAAGUCCCCUGAGGACUCUUACAGAGGGGUGAAGGUGAUCCAUGUGUUCAUGGAUGAUGUUGCCAUCUCCCCAACGGACGGAUUCCUGAUCAGGAAAGGACCAGGCAACUGUCACUUUGACUUUGCUCAGGAGAUCCUCUUCGUCGACUUCCUCCAGACGCCCACCGACAACAAGAGUGUGGAGGACUACCACAAAGGAAGCUCUAAGAAACCAGAACAGGCCAGCAUGGACUAUGAAGCUCCCAUCAUGCCUUGUGGAUUCAUCUUUCAGCUGCAGCUGUUAACAACCUGGGGAGACCCGUACUACAUCGGCCUCAACGGCCUUGAAUUUUAUGACCAGAACCACGAGAAGAUCAGUCUCAGUGACAACAACAUCGCUGCUUUUCCAGACAGCGUGAACGUACUGGACAAUGUGAGCGGUGAUGUGAGGACUCCAGAUAAAUUAAUAGAUGGAGUCAACAGCACCCACGAUGGAAGAUACAUGUGGUUAGCCCCGGUGCUCCCUGGACUGGUGAACCGCGUGUACGUGAUCUUCGAUCAGCCGGUGACGGUGUCCAUGAUCAAACUGUGGAACUACUCAAAGACACCACAUAGGGGAGUAAAGGAGUUUGGGCUGCUGGUGGACGACCUCCUGGUGUAUAACGGCAUCUUGGACAGCGUAAGCCAUGUGGCACGAGGCAUUCUGCCCACCUGUGAUCCAGUGGUGCCCUACCACACCAUCCUGUUCACAGACAACGCCUACAUCGCACACCGUGAGAGGAACACCGUCAUCAGCCCCCGUGGCAGCAGACACCACCCACAUAAUUACGUGGAGGACCAGGAUGUGAAGAUGACCAAUGAGAAUCAGAUAGUCCAUCACAACAAGAAGAAGAAGAAGCAGACGGCAGAUCCAGCUCUUCGGCCUAAUACCUGCAUGACUGAUGGAGGGAAACAUGGAAAGAGGAGGUACUAACAGACAGAUGUGGAUUCUCAAACAAAGAGAGCAGAACUAAAAAGAGAGGAACUAUGGCUGACUUUUUUUAAAGCCCACUUUUUGGUGGGUGACUUUUGAAAAAGCAGUCGUGGUUUGUAACACACUGAAGAGAACACAGCUUGCACAGAUAACAAUGGGUUUUGCACACACACACACACACACACACACACACAAACAAACACACACACGCACACACACAGGAUUCCACUUUAUGGUUGGAUCACUCCCUCCUCCCCACCCAGACACAAGUUAUCCUGAACACGUACUGUACGGUUGCCCCAGGUGUCCCUCCCACGGUGCCAGGAUAAACCUGUGAGGCUGCAUUUUUUUAUCAGCCCUAUUAUUGUGCCUAGUACUCAACACUAUAUCUGUGGCUGCUACUUGUGACUUUCUGUGCUGCAUAUUUAAAUGCUGCUUGUGGCGUGUAAAUACUUAUAAAAAAAAAAGAAAAGAAAAAAGCUUCAAGGCCACAUGAAUACACUCUCACAUCAGGAUGUGGCCAACGCUACAGUUAUUAAUGAAUUGUAUCCACUGAUGAGUCUAGACGACCAGCUCUUUGCCCUAAUGGGUACGAGAUCUGACUUAACACUCCCGCCAGUACACCAACCAAUCGUAACGCUAUGCAGACACUGAUUUAUAUCUAGUCGUGAUUUAUAUCUAACAUAUUUCAAAGCCUAAUGGUUUUACUUGGGGAAGUGCUUCCAGAGAGCUUUUCACCUUUUUGAAAAAGAUUUAUAUCGAAGGCUAAAGUGGUUACACUUUGUAGUUGAAAGUACAAUUUUUGUACAUUUCAGCUCGAAGCUUCAGACUCCACACUUGAAUCUUCGAUACGUAUUUGGCCUCGCAAAAUUCGGUCAGUGUAUUUUCUGCGGUUAGCAUCAGGUAGAAAAGAAAAACUUGUUUGCAAUCCAAGUGACCUUUUAUCGAAGUUGCUAUAUAAGGUAGAUUUUAUGGAGGCAAACACUUCAUGAGCCAAUACAGCUGUUUUAGUAAUUUGGUUGGAAAUAGAAAAAAUAAUCUACAUUUAGAUUUUGAGUAGAUUCAGUAACAGGCAACUUCUAAUAUGCAAAUACUAUAACCUUACCUCAAAUUGAGACAAAUGAUCUUUAAAAAAGGGAUUUAUCUGCUUCUACCUUCACUAUAAUACUUAGUAGUCGGUGUUGUACUAUUCAUUCAUUCAAUAUUUACCGUACUAACUUGUUGCAUGGUGGGAAAUUAGCUGUUAUCAUCUUAAACUGUUAGAUACUUUUGUUUGGAGGAGUUUUUACUGCUUCAUCGAGCCUCGAUAUAAACCAUUUCAUACUCCUUACUCAUGAUGGGAGUACAUGUAUAUGAAAUUAUGUAUUUAAUUUGCUCUACAGCAACAAUGGUCAUUAUUCUGUAUCUCGGUCCUGCUCCGUCGGGCGGUGGCUAUUAUUGUAUGUGUGACAUUUUUGACAAUAUUUAAUUAUUUUUCUAAUCUUGAUUAAAUAUGUAUAUUUGAUGUAGGUUUAUUUGAAAUGAAUAAAAUAUAAAAAUAUA